AUGAAUGAAUGGCCAUCACAAUGGAAUAUACAAAAAAGUAGUCUUAAUCAAAAGUUUACUUUUGCUGAACUCGCUGAUCAAAGUAUUACAAGUGAACAAUUAUAUAUUUGGUCGGCACCGCUGGAUAUAAUCGAACGUUAUCAAUUGUAUUUAAAUCAACGUUCAAUUUCAAAAACAUCAUCAUCAUUAAUAGCAAUGAAGUUAUUCUAUAAUUGUACACUACCAAGAUUUGGACCAUUGUGUCAAUAUUCAUUGGAUAGUUAUGAAUUUCGUCAUUCAUCGUUAAAUGAAAUUAUUUAUGAAUUUUAUCAACAUACAUAUGAACCAACAGAAUUAACAUGUUAUAUUCAUUUAGAAUGUAAUCGUGGUUCAGCAUCGCUAUGUCUUGAUUGGACUGAAAUAUGUGAUGGAAUCGUUGAUUGUCAGAAUGGAAUCGAUGAAGAAUCUUGUUGGCUAUUUGAAAUCAAUGAAUGCAAUGACGAUGAGUAUCGAUGUUAUAAUGGACAAUGUAUACAGAAGGCUUUUUGGAGCGAUGGUGGUAAUACUUUUGAAUGUCUUGAUCGAUCAGAUGAGAUUUUAGAUGCAAAACUCUAUGAUAGUAUUAGCGGUGAGCCAACAUUUUUAACAGAAGAUAUUACAUGUCCCCACCGUGAUCGCUUUACUGAAGCGAAAUUAACAAGCUCCUGUGUUCAAGCGCGUAGCAACUUAUUAGAACGAUUGAUAUUUUCUGAUAAACCAAAUGCAGUAUCUAGUAAGUGUUAUUUAGCAGUCAAGUGUCGUUUAGGUGUUCCAAAUCAAUGGAAUCCACAAUGUCAUGACCUUUGUCUCAAUGGAAUAUGUACAGAGCUUAUCAAUGCAACUUGUCCCGAUUUGAUAAAUGUACCUGCCGGACCGGUCAUUUUUGGUCAUGUUUACUUUGUCUACACUAAACAAAAGCUUAUUAGUUUAUCAGCAAUACCACCGCCUCCUCAGUUUAUAUGUUAUAAUGAUCAAUUAUGCUCUGGAUUCUACCCAAAUAGAACAAUAUGGCUACUCAAUAAUACUGCAUGCCGUCGACCUGAAGAUUUUCCACUUUCUUUUCGUUUGCACGGAGCUGGAAGAGGUAGAUGGAUGGUUACAUAUGUUGCACCUCUAUACGAAGAGCUGUCACAAUGCAACACAAUUAUACGUAAUAAUUCUAUAAUUUGUAAUAAUCCAAACAUGUAUCAAUGCUUAAAUUCUUCCAAAUGUAUUUUAGCGAAUCGUGUUUGUGACAAUAGAAAUGAUUGUGAUUUUAAAGAUGAUGAAAAAAAAUGCUCUUUACAAAAAGAUUCUUGUUUUAUAUACCGAUUUCUCCAGACCUUCUACUGUAAAACAAACAAGAAAUGUAUACCUCUAUUAUUUGUCGAAAAUGGUGAGUGUGAAUGUGGAACGAAUGAAUAUGAUUUAUGUGAGGAUGAAAAUAUGCAUCUUCACUCGAUUAGAUAUCAUAUUUCAUUUCCAACUAUUUGUGAUGGUUUUACAGAAUUAAUACCUGUUAACAUUGAUGGAAAAAAUGAAACAGAUGAAACAGAAUGUGAAUAUUGGCAAUGUAAUAAUACUUAUACACGUUGUAAUGGUUUUUGGAAUUGCUUUGAUGGAGCUGAUGAAAUUGAUUGUGAACCAGCAAUACCAUCAUUGGAAUGUCCACUUCAUCAUCACAUAUGUGUCUCUCCUGAGACAAACCAAUUCAUGUGUUUGCCUCUUGAGAAAGCUAAUGACGGUCAUAUUGAUUGUCUUGGUGCUACUGAUGAACCAAAAUUAUGUCGAGCCAUUGAUUAUCAACUGAAUAAUAAAAAUUUUCACUGCAUGACCUAUAUGAAUGAUUCUUGUAUCGAUACCAGCAAUUUAUGUUAUUCUAGUAAUUGUGACAACAAAGCCGAUGUACAAGUGUGUGACAUCUCUAAGAAUCGUACUGUUGACGAUAGUAUUUGCCACGGAAAUUUUGACUUGAUUCGUUCUGAUAUUGAAAAUUUUUUUUGUACACGUCAAAUCGAUACUAAUAAACCACAAAUUGUGCAUUUUGGAUUUGAUCAACUUAAGGACUCAACUAUAUACACAACAAAACAGAAGCCAAAACUAAUAAUACCAUAUUCCUCUAUUACACAAACGACGCUUUAUCAUGAACAAACAUGCCAUCGUGGUGUUCCUUUACGAGUUUGGUUACAUGAAGAAAACAAUGUAACUACAAUAACAUGCUUAUGUCCACCCAGUUUUUAUGGAAACAUGUGUCAAUAUCAGAAUCAACGAGUCAGUCUUACCAUGCAAUUUCAAACAAGUUCUGAUUCUCGAAGAACAUUAUUUGCUAUUGUUGUCUCACUUGUUGAUGAUAGUGAUGAGCAAAUCAUUCAUUCAUAUCAACAAUUUACUUAUUUGUAUAUUUAUCAUUGUUCAAUCAAGUUCAAUACUUAUUUAUUGUAUGCAACUCGACCAAAAAAUCAGACAAAACAAUAUUCACUUCGUAUUGAUAUCUAUGAAAAAGUUUCACUCAUGUAUCGAACAAGUUUAUUAAUAUUACUUAACUUUACUUUUUUACCUGUACAUCGUAUUGCUCUUCAAAUAAAUAUUCCAUAUACGAGUCAUGAAGUACAAAGCUGUUCCAAUCGGCAAUGUGUUCAUGGUAAAUGUAUUCAAUAUUCGAAUGAUCCAAAAGGCAUCACGUUUUGUAAAUGUGAUCAAGGAUGGUCAGGUCAAUCUUGUACUAUUCCAUAUAAGUGUACAUGUUCGUCUGACUCUUUAUGUAUUGGUAUUCUGGCAAACAAGCGCUCAUUAUGUGUUUGUUCAAUAAAUAAAUGGGGUUCCCAAUGUUUUCUUCGAGAUUUAAUUUGUCAACCUAAUCAAAAUUAUACCUGUUAUAAUGGUGGUCAAUGUGUCCACAUUGAUAAAAGCAUAAUACCUAACAAGCAAUUCAUGUGUAUUUGUGCAAAAGGUUUCAGUGGAAGAAGAUGUGAAAUAAUUGAUAAUAAAAUUAUGGUAUCAUUUCAUAAAAGUAUUGUCUUAUCACAAUCAAUACUCGUUCAUUUUAUUGAAAUAAUUGACAAUGCUCCACCAGAAAGCGGUUCUACAUUCAAAACGAUUCCUGCCAAUCAAAAUUCAGUCACUAUUUAUUGGUCACAUCCAUUUCACAUUGUUUUUGUAAAACUUUUUGAUAUAAAUUAUUAUUUAAUUACUGUUCAAAAGACAUACAAUCGAUCAGACACAAUUUCUACAACAAUUAAUUCAUCAGAUCGCUGUAAAUAUAUAAGUGAAAUAUUGAAUAAGACUAUUGUUGAAUUUCAUCUUCUUCGUCGUAUUAAAUACUAUCAUUUAGCAUGUCAACAACAUUCAUCACUAUUAUCUUGUUUUUAUGAUAAUGAUUAUUUUUGUUUAUGUAAUAAUUAUGGACAACAGCGUUUAGCCAAUUGUUUCGAAUUUAAUCAUUCAAAAAAAUUCGAUUGUUUUGGUCAAAGCAAUUGUGAAAAUGGAGCACAAUGUUUACAAGAUAGACGUACUUGUUCACAAACAUCAGUAUGUGCUUGUCUAACCUGUUUUUAUGGAAAACGUUGUCAAUUUAGUUCAAGUGGAUUGAGUCUUUCACUUGAUGCUAUUUUAGGUUACCAUAUUCAGCCACAUAUCAAAAUACAACAUCAACCUUUUGUUGUACAAAUAUGUAUAAUAAUCACCAUAGUUAUGAUGAUCGUAGGAUUCAUCAAUAGUAACCUAUCCUUAAUUACAUUUAAUAAUAGUGAAUCACGUAAACUUGGCUGUGGUAUUUAUCUGCUAGGAUCAUCGAUUACCAGUGUAAUCAUAAUGAUCAUGUUUGCAUUGAAAUUUUGGAUACUUAUUAUUGCACAAAUCACAUCUAUUUCGAAUCGUGUAUUUCUACGAUAUCAAUGUAUUUCAGUAGAUUUUCUGCUACGAAUUAGUAUUAAUGUAGAUCAAUGGUUGAUUGCAUGUGUUGCCAUAGAAAGAACAAUAAUCACAGUAAAUGCAACCAGUUUUGAUAAGAACAAGAGCAAACGAAUGGCAAAAUAUAUUAUUCUUAUUCUUCUAUUUUUGAAUAUUACUACAACUAUUCAGGAUCCUAUUCAUCGACGUUUGAUAGAUGAUGAUAAUGAUGAUGAUGAUAACGAGAAACGAAUUUGGUGUAUUGUUACUUAUUCAUCUAGUCUUCAAAUGUUCAAUACAUUCAUGAAUAUAUUUCAUUUUUUAAUUCCAUUUUUUAUUAAUUUGAUUUCAGCAUUAAGCAUUAUUAUAUUAACUACUCGACAACGACAAACUCUUGAACGUCAUCGACGUUAUCAAACACUAUUAUGUGAACAAUUAAAACAACACAAUCAUUUAUUGAUUGCGCCAAUUGUUUUAGUCAUUCUAGCUACGCCACGUUUGAUCAUUUCCUUCAUGUUAGGCUGUAUGAAAUCCGUUGAUGACCCAUGGAUGUAUCUUGUAGGAUAUUUUAUUUCAUUUAUUCCAUCGAUGCUUACUUUCGUCGUAUUUAUUCUUCCAUCGACAUCGUACAAACAAGCAUUUUGGAAGAGUCUAGAAUGUUAUAAAACAAGAAUAAAAAAACGAUUCUGUUUGGUUUUAUAG